AUGGCAACAACAAUAGAGUCAUACACCGGCUCCGACCAGGAGAAUUUUUUCCGUUUGUGCAUUUUAAUCGUUGACUAUGCCCUGAAGGUCGUGCAACACGUUCUUCAGGAAGAGCUUGAAUCAAAAUAUCCCAAUUUAUUUGACCCUAGCACGGGGUUGUUAUUUAAGGUGCUUAGUGAUACAACUGUCAAGACCAUACUGUUUGGAUUACCUCGAAAUGUAUUUAAUAAGCAGCAAAAAGACCAACUGUAUCCUGUUGGAAAUCCCUCCAAAACAGUAACUGUUGGUGAUUUAGACAUCACACUGACUGUUCUCUUACUGAGAAACAUCACAAAACUGGUAACCGGGUCUAAUGCAUGGGACAACCCCUCUGACAGCGAUAAAUCAAAAGAGGCCGAGAUUGGGCGAGUUAAAAGAUAUCGCAAUGUUGAUUAUGCUCAUAUAACAAAGGCAGCAAUCAGUUUGGAUGUUUUCCGAGAAAAAUUCUCCGGUCUCAAGUCCAGUCUCCUGGCUCUCUCUGGCAGGUACAGUGGUGAGGAAUACGACGCCAUCUUGCACAGACCUCUUGACACUGGUUUACUUAAGGAAUACCAAGAUGUUAUGAACAAACUGUACAAUAAUGACAAAGAGGUGAAAGAGUGGAUGAUGGAGAAUCGUGAUAUGCUCAAUAAAAUCGAUUUAAGGACAAUAGACAUUCAGGAAAAAGUCCAGGUGCUUUAUGACAGGAAUCAAGAUAGAUCAGAACGUCGGAUAAGUCCAGGUUCACGAAGCAGAUCGUCUUCCCAGUCUGACAGCGACGACUCUCCAGUACCCUCAACUUCCACAAGUGGCCAAAAAUCUGGGCGUCACCACAAGCAGAGGGUGAAAAGUGGUAAGAUGUAG